GUCAUUACUAACAGGGCGAGCGUAGGCAGUGUGUCUUAUAACAGGUUUAUGUCGCAGACGUGGUUAUAUAGAGAAUAUAACAGGUUGUAAUUAAUCACAUAUGGCUCUAAGAAGGUGUUGGAGGUUUACAGGAGUCGUCCCGCGGCUGUUAUUGAACAGUACCGGUCGUGCUGCGGCUUCUGUCCCCGGAGGACGCAGCUCAGUGUCCAGCCUUGACAACACCUCCCCCAGCUGUACAGUUCCAGAGUUGCUCCGCAGGUUCAGCUCAGCGCCACCCAGCACAGAUGUGAGUUACGAGCAGCUGAAGAAGCUCCUGGCCAGUCAGGAGGCUGUGGUGAUAGAUGUCAGAGAGCCCUGGGAGCUGAGAGAGUAUGGCUUCAUCCCAGGGUCAAUUAAUGUGCCCCUUGGACAGGUGAACACGGCCCUCCAGCUGGGUGCAGAAGAGUUCAAAGAAAAGUAUGGAGGUGAAAAGCCCCGGCAGAAGGAUAACAUCGUGUUCAGCUGCCUGGCAGGAAUCAGGAGCAAGAAUGCGCUCGACAUGGCCACCGCACUGGGAUACAAAGAUGUUCAGAAUUACGCGGGAGGAUGGAAGGACUGGGUGAAACAUGAACAACAUAACUGAUCCAGGGAUAACAGAACACAAGAAGAAAAAGAGAAUGUGUAAUAAGGGGUCUUGUAAAGGAUUUGUAAAAAGUUAAUACACUUCUGUUGUAUUAUGAUCCAGUGAUUUAAGUUGUUUUCCUCAUCUGCCAAUCCCAAAGAAUUUUCAAACCAGAGGGCUUAACGCACAUCAACAAUGAUUUAUCUGCUGCUUAAAAAAAUAAUCGAAUUUGUUGGGAUAUUACUUGAAGUUAUUUGUAUUUUUUUUCAGUAUAGCGCUAUUUACAAACCCUUUACAGCCUCUCAACUUUUCAACAGGUGACUGCUCUAAACCUUACUACACCUGAAUACAUAAUGUGCAGAAAAUGCUAAUGUUCUAUUGUUUUUUUUCCAGAUUUAUCUAUGCAAAUGAGUAUUACGACUGCGUGAUUCUGAGUUAAAAUGAUGGCUUCCGUUGGAGAGUUCAGUAUUUCAAAAUGAUGUAAAUAUCACACACGGUGUUGCUCAUAGAUUCAGCAGUUAGUGUAAUCAUUGCCAACGUCAUUCAAUGAAUAAAUUAUAGUUUUGAUUUAAAA